GAACAUCUGAGAAUAUGAAAGUACUGAGGUGCUCAAGUCUUUUAUAUAAAACUGUGUAGUAUUUGCAUAUAACCUAUGCACUUCCUCCUGUAUACUUUAAAUCAUCUCUAGAUUACUUAGAGUAUCUAAUGUAAGCGCUUCAUAAAUAGUUGAUAAGCUGUCUUGUUUAGGGAAUGAGGACUGUAUAUGUUCUGUAUUGACACAAUUUCAUUUUCAAAUAUUUCCAGUGCUAGUGUGGCUGAAUCCAUGCAUGUGGAACCUGUGGGUACUGAGGGCGUCACUGGCAGGAGUCAUGAGGGACUUCCCUGGGAGCGUUGGAAGGUGAUCUGCCCUGCGGUGAAUCACCGGUCGGCCUUCAGGUGUGCGCAGCACACACCAGCGUGUUCCGGCGCAGCAGCAGGAUUUAUUUAUUUAUUUUGGGGGACGGAUCCAUUCCGGGCUCUGGGAUGGGGGAGCGGCAGCGCAGGAGGAUGCUUGGUGUCCCGCGCCUGCUCCGAGCUGCACACCGGGCCCUGCUCCCUUUCCCGGGAGGCCCUGCUCUGGGGCUGGGGAAGCCUCUGGAGGGGAGGGGGCACUCCCGAGGUGUCAGGUUCAAGUCCUCCCAUAGGCCAGUUUUCUAAAAGUGCUUUUAAGUUUUCAUUUUCAUUCCCCAAGGAGCGGGGGAGGGCAAGAGGCGCUUUUUCUACUCAAAUUCUUUUCCUUGUAUGUAGAUACCAACAAGCAGCUCCGCACUGGGCAUGUUCGGAUGUGAGUGAUGUCGCUGAUAAGCAACAGCCCGCAGGAACCAGACUUAAAAUAGUCGUGCUCCCCCCUCCCCGAGCUGCAAGUGGUAUCUGCCAAACAGAUGACAAAGUACCUUGGACUGAAUCACACCAGACAGCCUUUGGAGCAGAAUGCACGGCUAAACUCUCGUAAUUACUGUUUAUAGCUGGCCAAA